AUGGCUUCUACACAUCGAAUGAUUCUUACUUUAUUCACUUCAAGGUCAUGUUCGCUUUGUGUCGAUGCAAAAUACGCAAUCGAUCAAGUGAGAAGCAAAAUCGCAUUUGAUUUAAUUCAAAAAGACAUCAAACUUUCGGAAAAUUUAGCUUGGUUUCAUAAGUACAAAUAUGAUAUUCCAGUCCUUCAUUUAAAUGAUAAAUUCUUAUUUAAACAUAAAGUAAAGCAAGAUAAAUUAGAAUUAGUACUCAAAAAAUUUCAAAAAACUGGCAAAAUUCCUUGUGAGCUUAUUGAUGAAAAAAUUAAUUAG